AUGUGCUGUGACCUUCUGCCAAGUUCCGUGGAUAAAAAUCUAUUGUGGUGGUUAAGGUUAUUUAAUAUGUGUACCGCUUACUUCCUGCCCGUAUCUGUUCGGAGCUGUUGCUAUGUGCACGAUGAAUUUACUGAGAUAAGGUCUCUAGAAUUCAGAGACAGAAAUAACAUUGUAUCCGUUAGUACAAAUAUUGAGAAAAUGGCACCAAAAGACUUAAAGAAAGAGACAGCAAGACUGCAAUUAGUUGACGAGGGCCAAUGGCGGCGCGUGCGCAGACAGGUGGCGACUCAGUGCUGUGACAGGGCAUGUACUGUGGCAGACAUCAUCACUUACUGCCCCAACGAUGCUAAGCUCGUACAAGAGAAUCCUGAAAUAUUUGAAUAA